UUUUUCCUCACUCGUUUCCCUAAUCCUCUCUCUCCCCUCUCUUUCUCUCAAGCAAUCUGCUUUAUUUCCAUUUUCUUUACUUGUGUUCAAACAUUUUCUUGAGGUGGGGUCGAUUGAUUUAUUGACAUUGCCUCACUGCAAAUACCCUCACUUGAUUUUGCUUCUUGAAAAGUUUUAACUAUUUAGCUUCUUAUUCAUCUUUUUUCCCUACUUAAUUACUUCUAGCUACUCUUAGCUCAAAGAGGUGGGUGCCUUUUUGUUGUGAGGUUUUCCCUUUACUUACAUUUCUAGCUUCUGGGUGCUUCCUAGAAACAAUUUUUUAAUUAUUUUGCAACACUCUUGAAGAAGAAGCAAGAAAUGGCAGGAGGAGGUCCACCGAAGGCCGACGAGCCGGCGCCGCACCCGCCCAAAGAUCAGCUUCCUAAAGUUUCUUACUGCAUUACAAGUCCACCCCCAUGGCCGGAGGCGAUCCUUCUUGGGUUCCAACAUUAUCUGGUGAUGCUUGGCACGACGGUCAUUAUACCGAGUGUCCUGGUUCCCCAAAUGGGUGGAGGAAAUGAGGAGAAAGCAAAAGUUAUUCAGACGCUACUGUUCGUUGCGGGGUUGAAUACGCUGUUGCAAACGUGGUUUGGCACCAGAUUACCUGUUGUAAUUGGAGGUUCAUACACCUUCGUCGCACCCACAAUCUCUAUUAUCCUGUCUGGUAGAUGGGAUGACCCUGAUCCUGUAUCGAGAUUCAAGAAGGUCAUGCGGGCAACACAAGGUGCACUUAUUGUUGCUUCAACCAUUCAAAUCGUGCUAGGUUUCAGUGGUCUAUGGCGUAAUGUUGCAAGAUUUCUGAGUCCACUCUCAUCUGUUCCUCUGGUUGCUCUUGCUGGCUUUGGGCUCUACGAGUUUGGUUUUCCUGGGGUUGCCAAAUGCGUUGAGAUUGGGCUGCCAAUGCUCAUUGUUAUAGUUGUCUUUUCUCAGUAUUUGGUUCACUUCGUCAAACCAGGAAAGGAUAUCCUUGACCGCUUUGCCGUUUUGUUCUCGGUGGUAAUUGUGUGGAUUUAUGCCCAUCUACUUACCGUAGGGGGGGCUUAUAAUGGAAAAUCACCGAAGACCCAGACAAGUUGCAGAACUGAUCGUGCAGGACUUAUUGAUGCUGCUCCAUGGAUAAGAGUUCCUUAUCCUUUCCAGUGGGGAGCUCCGUCAUUUGAUGCUGGUGAAGCCUUUGCCAUGAUGAUGGCUGCUUUUGUUGCUCUUGUAGAGUCAACUGGUGGCUUCAUUGCUGCAGCCAGAUAUGCCAGUGCAACUGCUACCCCCCCAUCGAUUCUAAGCCGUGGUGUUGGCUGGCAGGGUAUUGCUAUCUUGUUAUCUGGGGUAUUUGGAACCGGCAAUGGAUCAUCCGUAUCUAUUGAGAAUGCUGGCCUAUUAGCACUGACACGUGUUGGGAGUCGAAGAGUAGUGCAGAUAUCUGCUGGAUUCAUGAUUUUCUUUUCUGUUCUUGGGAAAUUCGGAGCAGUCUUCGCUUCAAUUCCAGCACCUAUUGUGGCUGCUCUGUACUGCCUCUUCUUCGCAUACGUUGGUGCGGUUGGUGUGAGUUUCCUCCAGUUCUGCAACCUCAACAGUUUCCGGACAAAAUUCAUCUUAGGCUUCUCUAUCUUCCUGGGCUUCUCGAUCCCCCAAUACUUCAACGAGUACACAGCUAUACAGGGAUUCGGCCCCGUUCACACCUCAGGCAGAUGGUUCAACGACAUUAUCAACGUGCCCUUCUCAUCUGAAGCUUUCGUGGCGGGCAUACUGGCGUACUUCCUGGACAACACCCUGCACAGGGACCACGAGGUAAGGAAAGACAGGGGCAAGCACUGGUGGGACAAGUUCCGCUCUUACAAGACCGACAUGAGAAGUGAGGAAUUCUACUCCCUUCCCUUCAAAUUGAACAAGUAUUUCCCGUCUGUGUAAGUUCCUCUGCGCGAUUGGAAUCUGUGGCGAUCUGUCGUUAAGGUAAGUGCCCCUAUGACUAUACCACUGGUUUUCUUUGUCUUAUGCCUUUUGUAACCUAGUAAUAGAGAAGAUGAAAUAGCAUGACAUUUUGAAAGAUGCCUUAGAUUAUUUAUUUGUAUGUUUUUUUGUCUCUUUUUGGUGUAAAUUUAUUGGUUAUAUAUGAAGUAGCACGAUGCAGGAGAACUAGAAUCGUUAUAAUUUAGCAGGAGAUGAUAUAAUCAUAUAAUGGAUGGGUUGAGCA